UUCGGCUUCAGCAUCGACGGCGGAAUUGACAUGGACGACAACGGCUACCCUGAUGUCCUAGUCGGCGCCGCUACGUCGGACAGUGCAGUGUUCAUCAGGUCGGCCCCGGUGCUGGCGGUCGAGGGCGCGGUGACCUUCGCCCCGCCCGAGGUCAGUCUGGGCAACAGGUCGUGCAGCGUGGGCGGCGCGCGGGCGCGCGGGGAAGCCGUCGUCUGCCUCCGGGUGGAGGUCGCCCUCGCCUUCGCCGCCGUCCGGGGGGCGGGGGCUCAGCCCGUCGACGUCACGCUGCAGCUCGACCCCAAGCAAGGCAGACUCGUCUUCGUGAGCCACGAGCAGAGCCAGAUAAGCUACCGAGCGAACCUGAGCGCCGGGGGCGGACCCGCCGACGUCAGGACGUUUGAGGUCUACGUCCUGCCCGGACGCCCGCGGAUCGAUUUGCCCCUGGCAGCUGCGGCAAGCGUAGCCCUUCUGCCCUCGCAGGUGGAUCCGCAGGUGGGGUCAGAGGCCGCGGGUGAAGGGCCGCGCGUGCCACCUGUCCUCGCCCUGAACCGCCCCCCCCCUUCAUCCGGGGGCCCAGCCGACUAAAUUGCGUGCCCCCUGACCUGCUUCUCCGCCCCGGACCUCUCGCUCGCGGGCCGGCCGGGGGGGCCCGAGGGCCGGGCCCAUCGCGGUGGACUGUCCGGGGGCGGCGCCGCGGCCCCGGCGGUGCGGCUGGCGCUCUCCUUCCCGGCGGCGCUCUCCUUCCGCCGCGUGUCCAGCCCCCGCCUGCCGCCGCAGUGCCAGCCCUCGGCGGCGGGGCCCUCGGACCGCAGGACGGUGCUCUGUGGCUUCCAGUCGGAGCUUCGGCGGGCCCAUGAAGGGAGUCCGGGCCGAGCUCCAGGGGGCGGGUCUUGGGGCGGGGCCACGGGGGGGGGUGCUUGGGGCGGGGGCCCACGGG